AUGGGUUGGAUUGCUACAUGCCUCAAUUCUGCCCGGUCGUCUGUUCUUGUUAAUGGUAGCCUGACUAUGGAAUUUCCUCUGGGUCGUGGUUUACGUCAAGGUGACCCCCUUGCUCCAUUCUUGUUUAUUAUUGCAAUGGAAGGUUUCCAUGUAGCUAUGGAAGAUGCAAAAGCAGCUGGCAAAUUCAAAGCAGUUUCGAUUGGAGACACAGUUUUCUCCCACUUGAUAUAUGCAGAUGAUGUAAUGGUUAUUGGUGAAUGGUCUCAAGCGAACUUUAUUAAUAUCAUCGAUAUUUUUAAUUGUUUUUAUCUAGCUUCAGGCCUUCAGAUUAACGUGGUGAAAUCAAAGCUUUAUGGCACUAGUGUCUCAGAUAAUGAAAUCUCCAGAAUUGCUAGCUUGGCGGGUUGUAAAUGGGAGAAAAUUCCAUUCUUAUACCUUGGUACUCCUAUUGGAGCUAACAUGAACCGGUAUGUGUCCUGGCAACCUGUGGGGGAUGAUGAGGCUGCCAAAAACAUUUAUUGGAUUAAGUGGGAGUUGGUGAUUGCUGGCAAAGAAAAAGGUGGCCUUGGAUUUGGCAGUCUUCGAUCCUUUAAUCAAGCGUUGCUUUAUAAAUGGAUAUGGAGAUUUCAUAAUCAUCCUAACAUGCUAUGGGCCAAGAUUAUAAAAAACUUAUAUCCCCAUGAUAGUUGUGAUCGAGCCAUGAUGAGCUUGAAAAAGAGACCUGGUACCUGGUCAAAAAUUGUUGAGCUGGCACGUGAACUCAAUGAUGGUGGUUACGUGCCAUUUUCUGCGAUUAAAAAGAAAAUUGGUAACGGGAUGUCCACAAAAAUUUGGAAUGACAUCUGGAUUAAUGAAAGCACACUUGCACAACAGUUUCCAAGGUUAUAUGCUCUUGAAAUUGAUAAAAAUGUUUUGGUUGGAGAAAGAUAG